UUUCAAGUUAAUAUCAUAACUGCCUGUCUCUCUAACUUGCACCUAUGACCUAACAAAUGGAAAUGAAUUUUCAUUUUCCCUCGAUAGCCCCCAAAUUCAAAACCAACCUUCCUCCUUCUAGGCUUCUAUUCCAUUCCCGGAAGCAAGUUCUCAUGGCAUUCCUGUAAAUUCAAAGAGAAUCAAUGGCAGAUUCAGAGUUAGAUAUAAAUGCCUUCAGCGUAAGGAUCGUCACCAUCGACCACUACAUGGCUCCGCCGAUCCAUGGCCUUCAUAUCUCUUAUAGUACCUUCCAAGGUGGGAAAGUGAGUGAGGUUCCUGUUAUAAGAAUAUAUGUUUCUACACCGGCUGGUCAGAAGACUUGCUUGCACGUCCAUGGGGUGAUGCAUACACAUGCUGUAUCUCUUGCUCUUGAGAAAGCUUUGAAGGCAUGCUUGGUUGCAACAGGUUUUGUUCUAACCUCUGUGCUGUUUGUAAUUGGUCUUUCUGGAAUUCAUUGCCAAUCCUGUAGCUUAAAGGUAAUGCUGGUUCAAAGCAACAUCAUGAAUGUGGUUGCAGCCUUGUCUGAGCAAGGAUAUUUUAUGUUUACCAUUCAUCUGAAGAGCUUUUUGUGA